AGCUGGUGAGCCCUCUCGGGGUUGGCCUCGUAGCGCGGCUGGCCCGGUUAGCCUGGUUGGUACCUCGCGAAUGGCUUGCUGACCUCUCGGCCUCUCGGCCUCAUGCUCUCUCCCUGACAGACGCUGCGACCGAACCCGCUGCCGCAGCGUGCGCGACCCGGAAGCCCCGGCUUCAGGCUCCAGUCGCCGGAAGUGCCGCCCAGGGCGGCCGGGAGAGGGAAGAAUUGAAAAUUAUGAGUAGUACUGGCCUAGAAACCUGGUGGAGCCAGAGGAAAAAGUCGUUGAGUUCUUGUUAUGGUUUGGAGGUUCCAAGUAAGAAAUUAAUAUAUAUGAUGCUGGAAAUUUGUAAACACAAACUGCUAAUGAAUGAAAGGCUUGAACCAGAUAUGUUUUUGAAGUUACCAGUAAAAUGACUAUGAAAACAGGGAUCAAGAAGACCAAUGGAAAACCACUUAGGAGAGAACCAUAGACAAUGUACACUUCAGAUGAGAGAUGUAACCAGAGAACUCAAAAAAGAAAAAUGUACCAUGUAUGCCCUCAGAAGGGGAAAAAGAUUUAUAUUCAUGUUCAUGAGAUUUCUCAAAUAGAUAAUCAAAUUUGUCAGUGCCUUGAACGUGAACAAAAUUUUUGUGAAAACUUAGCACGUAUGUGUGAGAAAACAUAUACUGGGGAGAAAUCUUAUAGAUGUGAUAUGUGUGAGAAAACCUUCAUCCAAAAUUCAGAUCUUAUUUCGCACCAGAGGAUUCAUAAUUAUGAGAAACCGUAUAAGUGUAGCAAAUGUGAGAAGAGCUUUUGGCACCACUUAGCCCUUUCAGGACACCAGAGAACACAUGCAGGUAAAAAGUUUUAUACCUGUGACAUCUGUGGCAAGAAUUUUGGUCAGAGCUCUGAUCUGCUUGUCCACCAGCGAAGCCAUACAGGUGAAAAACCUUAUCUGUGUAAUGAGUGUGAUAAAUGCUUCAGUCGAAGUACAAAUCUCAUAAGGCACCGAAGAACUCACACAGGUGAGAAGCCAUUUAAGUGUCUGGAAUGUGAAAAAGCUUUUAGUGGGAAAUCGGAUCUUAUUAGCCACCAAAGGACUCAUACCGGUGAAAGACCCUACAAAUGCAGUAAAUGUGAGAAAAGUUAUCGACACCGUUCAGCCUUCAUUGUACAUAAAAGAGUUCAUACCGGGGAGAAGCCGUACAAGUGUGGUGCCUGUGAGAAGUGCUUUGGCCAGAAGUCAGACCUUAUUGUACAUCAGAGAGUCCAUACCGGUGAGAAACCAUAUAAAUGCUUGGAGUGUAUGAGAAGUUUUACCCGGAGUGCCAACCUGAUUAGGCACCAGGCAACUCACACUCAUACUUUCAAAUGCCUUGAAUAUGAGAAAAGCUUCAGCUGUAGCUCAGACCUUAUUGUACAUCAGAGAAUUCACAUGGAAGAGAAACCACAUCAGUGGUCUGUGUGUGAGAGCGGUUUCUUCCUAGGUAUGGACUUUGUUGCCCAGCAGAAAAUGAGGACUCAAACAGAGGAGCUGCAUUAUAAAUACAGCGUAUGUGAUAAAAGCUUUCAUCAUAGCCCGGCCCUUCUUCAGCAUCAAACAGUGCGCAUUGGUGAGGAAUACAUCUGUAAUGUGAGUGAAAAAGGACUUGAUCUCAGCUCUCGUGCGUCAGAAACCUCACGGAUGUCUUGACAAGCAGUCACAUUACCUUAAAAGGGGGAUUUACACAUCAGAACUCAUUAAGAGAAAGACUCCUAGGUGAAUUUCGGAUUUACCUCAGACCUCAGACUUCCUUGGGGACCAGAGAGAGAAUCUAUAGUCUUCGGAACGCUAAGAAAAGCUUUAUGCAGAGAUUGGCCCUAUUAGGACACCAUUAUUAGCCACAUUUGUGAGGAACUCCACAAAUACUUUGGGUUUUGAGAAACCUUCCACACAAGAAGGUUCAUACAGAUAGGAAGCCUUACAUGUGCAGUAUGGGAAAUCUCCAGCAGUGUUAAACCAUCACCGUUACAAGAGAAUUCACGCCAGAGAACAGCCAUUUAAAUGCUCUGUCAGCAGUAGUUUGGAUAAUAUGUACGCCUUACUGGAUAUCAGAAAAUUCCCCCUGGGGAGAAACCCCAGAAAUUGCAAGAAAAAGCUUCUGACAGAAUUCUGACUCUCUUACCCAUCAGAGAAGCCAUACUGGUAUAAAUGGAUAUUUGUCUUGAGUGUGACAGAAACAUUUGUUGGAGAGUCUUACUUGGGUUUGUAUCCACCUAAACAAAAAUCAGAAGAAAGAUACGUGUCUGAAUGAGAAAAGCUUGUUAAUUUUCAGCUCUUGGGGGUGUAUCAGGGAACUCACAUCAGUGAAAAAGCAUAAAUGCUUUGUGUCUAAGAAGCUAGAAGCUCUCAUCAGAACCGGUUCUACAGAGGAGUUGGCUCCAGCGAGUGAUCUAAUUGUGGGUGAGAAUCUGUAUAUAUGCUAUGUAUGAGAGAGCUCUUCUCAUAGUUAUAAGGAGCUAAAUAGAGUUGUCUGGAAGGGAAUAGUGUCUUAGUGACCCAGAAGCUUGUUUGGAGGAACUGGGACAGGUCAGCAUGUAGCUGAAGGGUAACUCAGGUAAAGACACUUUUCUUUUGUCUGAACCACUUAAUGAUUGCUUUAGUUUCACUCUUAAAUAAAACUCAUAAAUUCAGUAAAGAAAAGGAUUGUAAUCUUGUGUAUAAGGUAGGGCAUGGGUUAUUGUUGGAAGAAAGACGUGCUUUUGAUUUUUGCUUCCUUUUUUUUUUUUAAAGUCUUAUCUAGGGGCUGGAGAGAUGGCUCAGUGGUUAAGAGCAUUGCCUGCUCUUCCAAAGGUCCUGAGUUCAAUUCCCAGCAACCACAUGGUGGCUCACAACCAUCUGUAAUAAGGUCUGGUGCCCUCUUCUGGCCUUCGGCACACACACAGAUAGACCAUUGUAUACAUAAUAAAUAAUAAAUAAAUAUUUAAAAAAAAAAAAGUCUUAUCUAGGAUGGGAAUGGUGUGUUGCUAGAAGGCUAUGAAAAGAACUAAGAAGCUAGGGAAUACUUAGUUUGGGUUAAAAUUCUCACUUGCUUCCCCUUUGCAUAAUCAACCUCAGCAAAAAGCAGCGUACUCAGCUCUUAGUGUUGAGAUCUGCCCACAAAAUGGUCCAAAAUUGUCCCUAAAGUAUUUUUUUGAGUUAUCACUGGCUCUUGAAAUUUCAGAUGUAGAGAUUCAUUUCUUUUCAAGCCCAAACAACCAAUUCCUGGAUACUGGUUAUGAUCAUGUUAUAGUAUCCACCUUUUUGUUACUUGCUACAUCUCUUUCAGUGAUAGAUACUGUAUCAACUGGCUCAGAGCAGAAGAAAUAGGGGAAAGUUGUAAACCAGAGAAAGCAGAGGAGAGACAAUGAAGCAUUCUUAAUAGAGCGGCAGGACACUGAUUUUGAGGGUCCUGACUCCAAAGCUCAUGUUCUUCAUUCUUUUAUCCUGAUGCUUGCAGCAAAUUAAGCUUCUUAAUGACACAUUUUUUUCAUUUAUUCCAGUUCUGUCAAGGAAAGAAAAAUACAGUUUAAUCCCAGGGAAAGGAUUGCAGUCAACACAAUAUAAGGUAUAUUCUUGGUUUGAAAUGCAGGAUUAUAAAUGUUAGAAAAGUGGUUGGCAGAUUCACCUGAGGUUUAAGGAUAACAUUUGUUCCCAGUACAGUAGGGUAGUUGAUUGUCUUUAUCAUUCUUUGGAUAGCUCAUGACCCAAGCAUCUUAUGUUCACUCUCAUUGUUUUUCUUUCUUUGGCUUAAAAGACCUUUAAUUCGACUAUUUCAAGUUCCUGUAGUAUUUGGGACUCUAUAGAGUAUUAUUUUCUUGCUAAUUAUAGUCCUCUAGUUUUGUUGUAAUUUGUUUAGUGAACCCUGGAUUCCAUGGGGUAUUAGUGUUUCAAUUCAUGCAAGUGAUCUGGUAAUACCUUACAUGUGACUGUAAGCUCUUAACCUGAUAGUUGUUUGAUAAUCAUAAUCUUAAGGUCAGUGAAUUUAGCUCAGUAAAGAAUCUGGUUCCAGUGUUUUUCCCUUUAAGAAACAGGUUGUGUCAGUUUUAAUCAGACAUGUUCUAGUAAUUUUUACAAAUAAUUUUAGUACUAUGAAAAUUUAUCCAUUGUGAUAAACACACACUAGAUAUGUAUUUUUCUUCUUGAGGAAUAUUCUUACUAGCAAAAGUUUGAUAA